GAUUCAUGUUUUUCUUUCUGGCUGCCUGCUUUCGUAAGCGGCGAUCGAACUUUGCUGCGUGCGUGACAUCCAAAGAAGAGACGAUUACGCUUCUGACGUAAAAGUGGGACAAAUUUGAAGCUCCAAAAUCCACUUUGGUGGCCUUUGUGAGCGAUUAUUUUUGCUGAAAAGUGAAAGUUUCCAAGUGCUUCGGAGAGCGGAAGUGGAAGGUCAAGUUUUAAGAUUAGAAAAAAGCGAUUCCAAAGAUUGCGAGAUCCACAACUCGGAUGGUGUUUGAUAACCUCGAAAAGUGCGUCUGUUCCGUCGACGGGAUAUCGGAUCCGGAGGAAUGGACCGGAUCAAAUAGUCUCUCGAUUUGAAGUGCGACGUUUGUUAAGUGUUUGUGUUGGAUGUGUUCAAAAGUUUGUUUUGUGAGCAGACGGCGCAAAGUGUGAGAAAAAUAAGAAUAUCUGGGUCAGACUUGAAGAUGAGCGUUUCAAGGUUGCUUCCGUUCAAUUUGACGACGUCACAAAAGGUGAUCAUCGUUUCUGUAACUGCCGGUGUUGCCGUCCUCGGUGCGAUUGCCAGCUAUUUAGGACGCCGGAGAACUCCGAGGCCACAGCAGCGGAGACUACGGAAACCGGGUGGCAGAAAGACUCGAAACAGCGUGCGAAGUCCCAACGACAUUAUCUCCCUAGCGGGAUCGAAAGCUUCGGGUCGUUCCUACAGUCCUGGUGGUUCCAUUCAUGGCGUUUCGGAUCGAAUGUCGAUGGCUUCCGGCUCGCUGGCAGGAGGAGGUGCCGGAGCUAAUGCGGGAUCGAUCAUUGGGGCAACGACACCACUCACUCCGCAACAACUUGGAGUGAUGGGAAUGGAAGCGCUGGAAACGGUGAUCAGCUACUGGGAAGAUGCGUUAACAGAUCAGAACAACGUUGAUAUACCCUCGCGGAUCACUGCCGACCAGGAGGAAUUCUGCAGAGAACUGCAGAACUUGUUGGAUGCCGCGUACAAUCUGCAGGAGCAAGGCGAGCUGCUAUUCCUGGACGAACGAUCAGUGCUGUUUAGAGAUGACGAGAACAAAGCAGCAAAGGCUGGUGGAAGUCUCUCCAACGGCCACCGAUCCAGCUCGGAUCCUAACUUCGAUUCUGCCGAAAGCUUUGCGUCUGCGUUGGAUCAGGUUGCCGAUCUUCGAGAGUUCGAAGACUACGGUGAAGUCUUCUCCGACGUGGAGAACUAUCCCCUCUAUCAGAGUGCUCUGGAACUGUUGGACGAUCAACCCAUUCCCUGCCGAACUAUUCGAACCGAAAUGGUCGGCUGCAAUUCGGACGCGGAAUACUACGCCAAGCUCCAUUGCAUACGACUUGCCUUCCAGUUAUUAUUUAAGGAUCCAAAGAACUGCCGCUGGGUCGCGGAUACCGGCCGACAAGUGCUCACCGACCUGCUUUGCCUGGGCGAUAAGGACCCCAAGGACUUCCUCGUAGCCUACGAAUCCAUGCUGGAGUUCCUCCAGAACUCGGACAAUUGGCAGGACAUCGAGCUGGAACUGGAGUCCCGUAACGUCAAGGCCAUGACCUUCUACGACAUUGUGCUCGAUUUCAUCAUUCUGGAUGCAUUCCGCGAUCUGGACUCUCCGCCGAACAGUGUUCUCGCGGUCAUCCAGAACCGGUUCCUAUCGAAUAGCUUCAAGGAGACGGCUCUGACCACGGCAGUCUGGUCCGUGCUGAAAGCCAAGAAGCGUAUGCUGAAGUUCCCCAAUGGGUUCAUGUCGCACUUUUACAGUGUCACCGAGCAGCUAUCGCCGCUGAUGGUGUGGGGAUUCUUCGGACCGGACGAGGAUCUGAAGGAGGUUUGCAAAUACUUCAAAGAUCAGAUGAUCAGCUUCAUGGUGGACAUUUACAACUUCCAAAAGUGUCGCUACACCACUGUGGAAGAACUGGCCGAGGACAUUCUGACCAUCAUGAAGCUCAGGGUGAACAACAUAGGCGUCAAGUUCAAUCAGUAAGAAUUGAUAAAGCUAGGUACUGUAAAGAUCGGCUGAAUUGUGCUAUAGUUGCUAUCCGAGUGGUUCCGUUUUUUAAUCAAGUGUUUUGUUUGAUUCGUUUAGUCAACGAAAUCUUAAAUUUUGGUAAAUAGGUAGAUAUUUUACGAUAAAAACCAAUACGGCUUCACAAAGACAUAAUUGAGGAUUAAAUUUAUCUACUGGGUAGGGCGUUUGUAAUUUUUGUUGCUGUUCAGCUGCUUCGCAGUCUGUAGAUAACACUUAGUAAUAGAAACCUAGAGAGUAUAUAGGAUUUUUUGUUUAAAUCAUA